AUGAUCCGUCCUUUCAGUAAAGUACUCACUGCAUCGAAAAUGAGUUCCAGCUCCUCCAAGGGAAGCUUGUAUGAAUUCCAAAAGCAACCAUAUAAUCCGGCCACACCGCUAAGACGCAAAUCUGCACUGGAAACCGCUUGGGACACGCUAAAGCGCUUGGUUUACUUUGUCCAAUUCUUGCUCCAAUCGAUCCCGAUUUGGAUAGAGCUCAUUUGGGGGUGGUUGAACCCACCUGCCCCGAAAAGUAUUGCCGGAUGGAACGCGUUGGUUACCGGAGGAUCAAAUGGAAUCGGGCGAGCAAUCAGCUUGGAAUUGGCCAAGUACGGGUGUAAUGUGGUCAUAGCCGACGUGGAUGCUGAAAAUGGUGAAAAAGUGGUUCAUGAGCUGCAGAAACGCCGAGUCAAGGCAGCGUUCUACAAAGUAGACGUGGCGGAGUAUGACGCUAUCGUGGAACUGGAGCGAAAAAUCGAACAAGAAUUCGGCCAUGUAGAUAUUUUGGUGAACAACGCAGGAAUUAUUCCUUUCCUAGUGCCGGACGAGUACAGCCCGGAAAAUAUCCGAAGAAUGGUGAAUGUGAAUUUGUUGAGUCACUUUUGGACAAUUAAAGCAUUUUUACCGGGCAUGUACCAUCGAAAACGGGGCCACAUAGUGGGGCUAUCUUCACGAACUGCUUACAUCCCGACGGGCUACUUGCGGAAUUAUUUGACGACCAAGUAUGGUAUUAGGGGUUUCAUGGAGGACCUGCACGAUGAGAUCUAUCUCGCUGGCUACGAGGGGCAAGUUGUUACGACAACCGUUUUCCCAGCAGUUAUUAACACCCGGAAGGAAUCGAUGGAUCAUUUCAGAACGCUGCCUGGUUACGCCCAGAUGGAAUUUCCGCAACCGGAAGUAGCUGGAAGAGACAUCGUGAAUGGAAUCCGAAACAACCAACGGAAAUUGUUCGUUCCGGAUGGAAUAAAAACGUGGCAGCUGGCACUUUUCGAAGACGCACCAAGAAGGAUCACCCGACUCUUAUAUCGAGAGUUGUUCAAGGAAUGAUUCAAACCGAUGAAAAGAAUAAUAUUGAGAUUGUAACCUGAAAUUUUCUUUCUGUACUGUCUUUACUGCGAUUAAGAUAGUGUAAGAAUGAAAUGCAGAUUUGCAGAUCGU